CGUUUAGCGAAUCUGCAACUUCCAAGGAAAUCCGGACAACAAGUGGAAGCAGAAUGGUAGGCAUGUCAGUUUUAACUACUGCAGUAUUUGUAGCUGGAGAGAUGGCUGGCAGUGGUGUCCUGGCUCUUCCAGAGUCGGUUGUUGGCACAGGUUGGAUUGGUGUGGUACUAAUUGUGUUUUGUUGUGUUAACGCUGGCUACUGUGGGGUUAUUUUGGGCCGUUGCUGGGUGAUGCUAGAAGAGAGGUGGGAAGAAUAUCAAGAAAAGAUUCGAUAUCCUUAUGCUGCCAUUGGAUUACGUGCAUCAGGUCGUUUCAUGAGGGUUGCAGUAUCUUUUUGUGUAAAUUUUACACUGUUUGGAGUGGCAACCGUAUUUCUUCUUCUGUCCUCUCAAAUGAUCGCUUCUUUAGCGGAGAAAGCUGGCAUAUAUUUCUGUUAUUGGGUUCUAAUACUAGGAGCCAUUUUGUGUCCUUUAAUGUGGUUAGGAACGCCCAACGAUUUUUGGCCUGUUGCAGUUGGAGCACUGGCAACUACAAUGAUUGCCUGUUUCCUGUUGUUCAUAAAUAUUUUGACUGACAAGACCACAGAAAAAGACCUCAUCUAUCCAACGCCCUCUCUAAAGUCGUUUUUUCUUUCAUUUGCAACAAUACUCUUUUCAUUUGGUGGUGCUUCCUCGUUUCCUACAAUUCAGAAUGACAUGAAAGACCGGACGAAAUUUCCCAUUGCCGUGACCAUUGCUUUCAUUGUUUUACUGGUGUUAUACCUUCCUGUGGCUUCUACUGGCUAUGCUGUUUAUGGAAGUAACGUGAAAAGUAAUAUCCUUCUCUCUGUGACUCCUGGACCAAUCAGGACAACAAUUGAGGUUUUUCUAGCACUUCACUUGUUUUUUGCUUUCUUAAUUGUAGUCAACCCUACGUGUCAAGAGCUAGAAGAAAUGUGUCAUGUUCCACAUCGUUUCAGCUGGAAACGAUGUUUGUUAAGAUCCGCUAUGAUGGUAGCCAUCUUGUUUGUAGCAGAAUCAGUACCUCAUUUUGGGAAAAUUUUGAAUCUGAUUGGAGGAUCCACAAUAACGAUGAUGACUUUUGUUUUUCCACCAAUGUUUUACAUGCUUCUGUGCCACCAGAAACAACCUCAUUGGCCUGAGAGAACAGUACCUCUGCACCAGAAAGUUUACUUCGCAGAGAUUAUGAUGAUCGGUUUGAUAGGAGGAGUCAUAUCAACAUACUCUGCUCUCCAGGACAUAUUUGAUCCAUCGUCUUUUUCCCCGCCAUGCUACAUUAAUAUUGCUGGGCAAGACGUGUAGUUAUAGAACUAGAAGUUUGUUUGUCUGUUCUGUAGUGGGCGGAUGUAAAGUUCCGUUAAAAUAUGAACUAAACAACCAACAAUAUUAUAUUUAUCAAACUUCUUAUCGUGUUAUUGGUCUAGUAGGUAUUUUAACAAAUAUUUAUGAACUAAACAAUCAACAAUAUUAUAUUUAUCAAACUUCUUAUCGUGUUAUUGGUCUAGUAGGUAUCUUAACAAAUAUUUAUGAACUAAAGAAUCAACAGUAUUAUAUUUAUCAAACUUCUUAUCGUGUUAUUGGUCUAGUAGGUAUUUUAACAAAUAUUUAUGAACUAAACAAUCAACAAUAUUAUAUUUAUCAAACUUCCUAUCGUGUUAUUGGUCUAGUAGGUAUUUUAACAAAUAUUUAUGAACUAAACAAUCAACAAUAUUAUAUUUAUCAAACUUCCUAUCGUGUUAUUGGUCUAGUAGGUAUUUUAACAAAUAUUUAUGA